GUAUGCACUUCAGUGUUGGAUUCCGGAGUCGAUUUCACUUCACUUUCAAACAACCGUUUUCGCUUAGGGAUGUACGUAGGGUGCCGUUUUGAGCACCCCUUGAACCUAGUUCUGGCUGUCAAAAGUGAAACCAUAACAAAAACAAGCAGUCAGAAAUAUUAUUUGUUGGUCCUCCGGAAAGAAUUGGAAAUUAUCAUUGGAAGGCUUAAAGAAUGAGCGACACGAAAGAUGAUGAAUCAUCUGAUUCCAUCCAGAUUCCUGGAGGAGAAGAAAACUAUAUCGAAGAGGAGUAUUUGGAAUCUGACAACGAUGAAUUGACAGCAGCUAUCGAUGAACCAGAACAGUUUCGGAACAUAUCCGUCCCAUCUAUCAACGUUGAAGGCGAAGAUUUGCGAUCAUCCAUUUCGGGAGAAUGUUCCAAUUCCAGCAAAGAGCCAACUGAAAACGACGGAGGAGUUGAAGUAGGAGAACAAGUGACAUUUUCCCUCAAUAUGUCAGCCAAGAAGUACAGAAAGUAUCAAUUCCACAUAAUCGGCGCCUUUUAUGCUCGGUCGUUUCGAACGCAACAUUUAUCAGAUGCACUGUUCAAGCGGGAUAUUUAUGGACAUACGCUGCCGGAAUUGCAUAAGUGUAUUUGGAAGCAUUGCGCAAAUUUCGUUGCCCGUGAAGUGGUUGUUGACUGUUCCGAUGGUGAUAAAAACGUGAGAUGGGCAUCUAAGCAGACUCCGGACGUGUCGGAUAUCGGAAAAUACAUCCUUCUGAAGCAUGGCAAGACUAAAAAGGUGCACACUCUGGCUGAUUUGGGUGAAAAUACCAAGCUGCUGUCGAAGUGGCGCGGAAGUGAGGUGCAGGUCCACGUUUUCAAACAUUCUACUGCUGUGGCGUCGAACACUCUAUGGGACAUGGUGAACAAAAAACUGCUACACCCUGAGUCAAAGGACAAAACAGGAGCACCAGCAACACAGGAAAUUGUUAGCUGUAUCGAGCAAUUGAAAAGUACGCAUACGCACUACACUGCGUUGUACGCUUCUUGGGAAAAAUGGGCGAAUUACAUUCUUGCUCACCCCGGUGAUGUACGACCGAAUCUAAUGAAGGAUGCUCCACCGGACGAAUACCUUCAUCUAUUCCGAUCGGUGCCGGUAUCAGAAGUGCAUCGUCUUCAAGCCACUCGUCAUGGUUUACAAGUCGCCUACAACAUCGUUGAAAGUAUUUCAUCAUCAAUCAAUACUUUGUGCGACAGGGUUGAUUCGGUUGCUAUAAACGUUGCGGAGGUUCAACUGCAAGCACAUGAACUGAAGGCACAAGUUCGAGCUUCUCAUUCACUUCUGCAAGCUAUGGAAGAAUCACUGCCACCCGAGGAAAGUGAGUUUAGCCGGAAAUUAGCAUCUAAGGUCACUGAUGCUAUUGAUGUCGACCAUCAAGAGUAAAAGAUGGAUGUUAGCGAAAGUUGUUUGUUUAGAAUUUCAGUAAAAAGGGUUCUAAUCUCAUACCAAAUAAAUAAAAAGUACACAUACGGUUUAAACAUUUCA